GCUUUAUUAACAAAAUGGUCCAGAUUAUUUGGAAAUUAUUAGUACUUAUCCUCUAUGUGACGCUAGCCUUUGUUUCUUGGCUCCUCUGGCGGUUCUACAUAAAGCCAGUUAUUGUAAGGUCAAGGUACAGGAAACACAAGAACGUAUUUAUGGGUAAAGGAUUCUAUACCCCUAUUUUGGGAGACUUCUUGCAAGUCAAAAAGAAUUUGGAAAAUGACGAGUAUCUGUUCAACCACUUGAUCCAAGACGGAAUCAACUCUUCCAAGGCCAGAUUCCAAAAUAGAGGCACUGAUAAAUAUGAGAAUGAGAAAGAUAUACAGUUGAUACAAUUUGGAGAUUCACUUCGGAUUUCUGCAAUCUCAACUAAAGCUGUUGAUGAAUUGAACAAAAUACCAACUACGAUCUGUGAUAGAACUCAAAGUGAAUUCCAUGCACUUGAAAGAGCUGCUCCAAAGUCAUUCACGAUUGUUAGGACUAACCAAAACUGGAAGAAGAGGCGAGAAGCCUUUGUCAGAUCAAUGAAACUCAAUUAUGUCUCCAAAAAUAUCCCAAUGGUCAUGAAAGCACUGGAGGAUAAAGUGGCAACAUGGAAAGAGGGACAAGAGAUAAAUUUCUCAGAUGAGAUGAAAGAAGUAACCUUCAAAGUAAUCCUGACAAUUCUGUUUGGAGCAAAUCUGUUCGAUAAAAUUGAGAAAGUAGGAUAUGAACAAGAAGAUGGCACCAUUGUUCAAAAAUCUAUUCCUAAUGCUCUGAAUGACCUUUUCCAUGAUCAUAAUUCAAUGUUUAACCAUUGGCUCUUUUUGGCAUCCCCUUCUAUUGCUGAAUUCCUGAACAUACCUAUCAUGAGGAGAAAUAAGACAAACAGAGAUGAGAUUUAUCGCGUUCUUCGAAAUUUCUUGAAAAAGGACGCUGAUAAAGAUAGUGUUUAUCAAAGAGUCAUGACUGAGCAUGGACUCACCGAAGAAGAAGCUCUACAAGAUACUGUCUUCUUCCUCAGUGCAGGUCUGGAUACUACAGCUAGUGGGAUCACUUCAACCAUUUACUUGCUCAAAAAGUAUCCAGAAACUUACCAAAAAUUGAGGAAAGAGUUGGAAGAAGCAGGUGUAACUAAGGACUCUGAUUUUUCAGAUCCUGAAGUUCAAGAAGCUGUAAGCAAUUGUAGCUACCUCUACUAUGUUUUUAAGGAGAUGACAAGAAUUGACACCCCUGUUACAGGAUCCUUGCUAAGAGUUGCUUUGAAAGACUUCAAGCUUUGUGAAGUUCCAAUUCCUAAGGGCGCUUUAGUAACAUUCAGCUUCCUCCAUAAUCACGUAAAUUACGAGCAUUGGUAUGAGCCUACUAAAUUUAUACCAGAGAGGUUUGAUCCAGAUCACCCUUACUUCAAUAACCCAGUGGAUCAAAAAAGCAGAAGAAACCCGACCAUACAUUCACCUUUCGGGUUUGGACUUCGAAAAUGUCCAGGACAAGUUUUGGCAACCCUAGAAACUAAAUUUAUGGUUGCUAAAUUAGUGCUAAUGAUGGACUAUGAUGUAGCCAAAGACCAACUAACUAGAGAUCAUAUGAAAUUCAGUUUUAUCAGCCACCACAGACUCAGGAUUACAUACAAGGGUAUGCUCUAAAUUUCACUAAGUGCGU